CCUCUUCCGGGCGGUGUCAGAGUCAGAGAGGAGAUUUCACCAUAUUUAGCUGAAGCUCCGCAGAGAGACUUCAUCUGUCAGCCGGACACUCUGUUACACUGUAACACGGAGGACACACCGAGGCGGUGGACAGCACCGGGAGACAGACUACAGCAGAAGAGGAGGAGGUUGAUGUGAUGAUGGAGCUGAUGACAUCCUGACAGCUCCUCAGCCGGCUACAGGAGCUAACUGGCUAACUAGCAGGUUUCUACUGAACAGAGUCUCCUUCAGACACCGGGACAGGGAAGUCCUGUUGGACACGUUGACCUGGUAACCGGUGGUGAGGAGGGGGGACACCGAAGACCCCCAGGACCGGAGAGACAACCUACUGAAGGGGCCCUGUUGACAGGUCAGCAGGGAGAGGACAGCUAGCAGAGACCAACAGGACACUCAGAGGAGGUCCACUGCCCGGAGGAGACACCGGGUUGACCGGAGGAGACACCGGGUUGACCGGAGGAGACACCGGGUUGACCGGAGGAGACACCGGGUUGACCGGAGGGAGAGUCCCAGAGGUUUGACUACAGUGAUCCGGGACAGUGAUCCGGACAGAGACCUCAUGAAUGGAAAUCGGAACUACAGAUGCCGUUGGGGCCCAGUCCCUGUUCGCCAUGCCUCGGCGGCCUGGCUUUGGCACCAUGGGGAAGCCCAUCAAGCUGCUGGCCAACUGCUUCCAGGUGGAGAUCCCCAAGAUGGAUGUCUACCUCUACGAGGUGGACAUCAAGCCUGACAAGUGCCCCCGGAGAGUCAACAGGGAGGUGGUUGACUCAAUGGUGCAGCACUUUAAGGUGACAAUCUUUGGGGAUCGCAGGCCAGUCUACGAUGGAAAGAGGAGCCUGUAUACUGCCAACCCACUGCCUGUGGCACCUGCAGGGGUGGACCUGGAUGUCACUCUACCAGGUGAGGGAGGUAAAGAUCGCCCCUUCAAAGUUUCCAUCAAGUUUGUGUCUCUGGUCAGCUGGCACAUGCUCCACGAGGUGCUGACCGGCCGCAGCAUGCCUGAGCCCCUGGAGCUGGACAAGCCCAUCAGCACCAACCCCGUGCACGCAGUGGAUGUGGUGCUGCGACACCUGCCCUCCAUGAAGUACACUCCGGUGGGUCGAUCCUUCUUCUCCGCUCCAGAGGGCUAUGACCAUCCCCUGGGAGGCGGGAGGGAGGUUUGGUUCGGUUUCCAUCAAUCUGUGCGCCCUGCCAUGUGGAAGAUGAUGCUUAACAUUGAUGUGUCUGCCACCGCCUUCUACAAGGCUCAGCCAGUCAUCCAGUUCAUGUGUGAAGUGCUGGACAUCCACAACAUAGACGAGCAGCCUCGCCCUCUCACCGACUCGCACCGGGUCAAAUUCACCAAAGAAAUCAAAGGUUUGAAGGUGGAGGUGACGCACUGUGGAACCAUGCGGAGGAAGUACCGCGUCUGCAACGUGACCCGUCGGCCUGCCAGCCAUCAAACGUUCCCUCUACAGUUGGAAAACGGUCAGACUGUAGAGCGCACUGUAGCCCAGUACUUCAGGGAGAAGUACAACCUGCAGCUUAAGUACCCUCAUUUGCCCUGUCUACAAGUGGGCCAGGAGCAAAAGCACACCUACCUGCCCCUGGAGGUGUGUAACAUUGUAGCAGGUCAACGGUGCAUCAAGAAGCUGACAGAUAAUCAGACCUCCACUAUGAUCAAAGCCACGGCUCGCUCUGCGCCCGACAGACAGGAGGAGAUCAGCAGGCUGGUGCGCAGUGCCAACUACGAGGCGGACCCCUUUGUGCAGGAAUUCCAGUUCAAGGUGCGCGACGAGAUGGCCCACGUGACGGGGCGAGUGCUACGCCCCAUGCUGCAGUACGGCGGCAGGAACCGCACCGUAGCCACGCCCAGCCACGGGGUGUGGGACAUGAGGGGGAAGCAGUUCCACACCGGGGUGGAGAUCAAGAUGUGGGCCAUCGCCUGCUUCGCCACACAGAGGCAGUGUCGGGAAGAAAUACUCAAGGGUUUCACAGACCAGCUACGGAAGAUCUCCAAGGAUGCCGGGAUGCCCAUCCAGGGCCAGCCAUGUUUCUGUAAAUACGCCCAGGGAGCGGACAGCGUGGAGCCCAUGUUCAGGCACCUGAAGAACACCUACGCCGGACUGCAGCUCAUCAUCGUCAUCCUGCCGGGAAAAACUCCAGUCUAUGCGGAGGUAAAGCGCGUGGGGGACACCCUCCUGGGCAUGGCCACGCAGUGCGUCCAGGUGAAGAACGUGGUGAAGACGUCGCCUCAGACCCUCUCCAACCUCUGCCUCAAGAUCAAUGUGAAGCUGGGAGGCAUCAACAACAUCCUGGUGCCUCACCAACGACCAUCAGUGUUUCAGCAGCCGGUUAUCUUCUUGGGAGCAGAUGUUACACAUCCACCUGCUGGAGACGGGAAGAAGCCUUCAAUUGCAGCAGUGGUAGGCAGUAUGGAUGCCCACCCCAGCAGGUACUGUGCCACUGUGCGUGUCCAGAGGCCCAGGCAGGAGGUCAUCCAGGACCUGGCCUCCAUGGUGCGGGAACUGCUCAUCCAGUUCUACAAGUCAACCCGCUACAAGCCCACCAGGAUCAUUUUCUACAGGGAUGGGGUUUCAGAAGGCCAGUUCAGACAGGUGCUGUAUUAUGAGCUGCUGGCCAUCCGUGAGGCCUGUAUCUGCCUGGAGAAGGAGUACCAGCCAGGCAUCACCUACAUUGUUGUGCAAAAACGCCACCAUACACGCCUCUUCUGUGCCGACCGCAACGAGAGAGUUGGACGCAGUGGAAACAUUCCUGCUGGUACUACCGUGGAUACGGACAUCACGCAUCCGUACGAGUUUGACUUUUACCUCUGCAGUCACGCUGGAAUACAGGGCACCAGUAGACCCUCCCACUACCAUGUGCUGUGGGACGACAAUUGUUUCACCGCCGACGAGUUCCAGCUGCUCACCUACCAGUUGUGCCACACCUACGUGCGCUGUACCCGCUCAGUCUCCAUCCCUGCGCCAGCCUACUACGCCCACCUGGUGGCCUUCCGUGCCCGCUACCAUCUGGUGGACAAAGAACAUGACAGCGCUGAGGGCAGCCAUGUGUCUGGUCAGAGUAACGGUCGGGACCCCCAGGCGCUGGCCAAAGCUGUUCAGAUCCACCACGACACUCUGAGGACCAUGUACUUCGCCUGAGCUACACCAAGCCUUCCCAACCAUUGCCACCCUUUACACCCACACACACACACACACACACACACACACACACACACACACACACACACACACUCACUGUUUGAUUCCUAGAGAUGGCCAAUGCAAACUGGUGUUUCAUGUAUUUAGACAUUAAAGCCUAGAUAGAAAUAGAAUAUAUGCCAAGUAUAUGGUUGUGGUUGAGCUUUUUUCGCUUCCUAGUGCAUUUAGUGUCUUGGACCAAUGGUGUUGUUGGUACAGUGGAAUGUGCGUUUGGGUGGGUGGGUGGUCGGGGGGGGUUAUAGCUGACACUAGCGUGGUGUGACGCAGCUCAGCCCACGAAUGACAAACAUUAUAGCACAGCACUUUAGAGACUGCCACUCUCACUCAGACACAUAGCCAAGAGGUUUCAAUCUCCUUCCUCCCACGACGAGGAGGAGGAGGAGGAGGAAGGAGAGGAUCCGAACCUCGGUGCAAACGAGGAGUCGAAGGGAUGUGUGUUCUCAAACAAAGCAGUCGGUCAUUAAAAGUGUGCCUCGCGCUCUCGUGACUUUGUUGGUGGCUCGGUGGAGUCGGCCUGAUCUCAGGUGGUGAUUCCUCCCUCCCGUCUGGAGUUACCACUCGACACUUUGUUAAAACUAGGGCUGGGUGUCACCGCCCACAUUCAACAUUUUGAAGCAUCUCAAACUUAAAAAGAGGUUUUUACAAUUCUUGCACUGAGACAUUUUCUUCUUGAGGGUCAUUUUUACUAAGAAAAGCAACAUAAGUGGAAUAGAAAACGUCUUGAACAAGCACCAAUGACUGAAAACAAUUUAGUCUUGUCGCGUAGUGAAGUACGCUCUCAUCCGAGUGUAGAGAUGAAAUGAACAGAACCAGUGUCAGUAUUUUGUCCCGAUGCCCAGCCCUAGUAGCAACCCGUGGCGUUCUUUCAUCUUAGUGCAAAGCCCUGCCAUGUGUCUCGUCCCCCGAUGGAGGGAAUGUGUGCCCAGCAGUAGUCCCUGUCUUGAGCCGGUAGGGUGUCGACUGGUCUGUAGUUCUGUGGGUACCUUUUCAGUCCAGGGGAGUGAAAUCUUUCUAUUACAAGAGAUCUAAAAAACAAACAGAAAACACUGCACCUCACUUCCCUUGGUAUGCUGCAUAUGUUAUACUACAUGAAAGAAAAACUGCAAAUUGCUUUUAUUAUGACAUAUAAUGCUUGAGUAAUGCCUGAUUGCGAUAUUCUUAUAACUAUUUUAGAGUAAGUAUAACUGUAAAAAAAAAUAUUCUCUGUUUUGUCUUAACACUUAUCCGAUUUUAAGAAAUUGUUCUUGAGCCGACUUUUAUUUUGUUGUCCUAUUUAAAUGUGUUUAAAAUUUAUAUAUGAAAUAUAUAUAUGCGGAAUA